UGGAUAGUAGUAGUAGGCCGUAGAGUAGGGAGUUUUUUUUUUCAAAAUACACGGAUGACCUCCUCGUGCAGCGUUUAGAAGGUUUCGACAUUUUAUUGUUAAGCGUUUUGUUUUUUUGCAUUUUCACUAAAAUAGUGAGCACGAUUCGUGCAUUUGUUAAAUUGAAUUACGAACGAGAUGGUUGUUGGAACAUAAAAAUCUGUUCAAAAUUGCAUUUGAAGGAUUAUGGCACAUUAAUUUCACAACAAAAGAACGAACAAAAAGAUUGAUAAUGUUCCAUCCGGCCACAUAGCAGUUACCUUCAAAUUGUGCCCUAACUCAAUCAGCCCAUCCUCACAGCCGUCUAGAGCAUGAAAAAGUUCGAGAAUUGGAGGAGCGUCACUAUCGAAAUCGAUUGACCCGCAUUGUACCCCCGGUGUGUGGUGUGUGGCCUUGGUAACAGUCCAUUCUGAAGCUGGUGUAUGGUUUGCUUCCCUCAAGAGGGAGAUAGUGAGGUUGUUUUGCUGAAGCUUUUGUCCCAGUGUUGGUGUGUUUUUUUUUGGGUCGCUUCUCACGACAGCGUUUGAUAAACAAGAUCCACUAGGAGCAACCCGGAUACGUCGAUCAUACCCGGAAAGUGGUGGUAGCAGCAUAUUGUGUUCGCAUCUAAAGACGAGCUUAAGCCUGAAAGCACACAGCAUAGACGAUACGGUCUAUCUACCAAAGUAUUGGUCGUUUUUAUUGUUAUUGCGUCGGAAAUAGUCACCGGGGUGUUUCAGUGACCGUCUCGUUGGCACCACGCAUCCAAAUUCGCGUUUAUAUACGCUUGAGACGCGUAGACGACCAAUCGCAUUAUUCAACACCGGUUGACCAUGGACAACUUGCGAAAUCUGUUCGGCCAAGUGUCUGCCAUGACGUCAAUGAAACCAUCAACGGCGAGCCCCUCGUUUUCGGCGUCGUCGUCUUCGGCGGGUGGCAGCGGAGGGGGCGCCCGAUCCGGUUCUGUCGGCGGAGGAGUCAAUGGGACCAUGAGAACACAUAAAACGGCCGAUCGGGAUAGUUACUACUACAUCAUGUGGCGUUCCUAGUUCAUAAAGAGGAACGGUUUAAGCUCUACUUCCUGUCAAGUUUCGCUUCAACGACACAGCUACUUGAAAGUGCCCGAGAUAUUAACCUUCCUACGUACAUCUCACACCUACUUCACCUACACACCGUUCGUGCAAAUCGGUUUGCUUUGGCUGGAAGAACGACACACGGACGCCAGGAUCAAAGUGAACACCGCUGAACAAUAAUGUCACUAUCGCUGCUAGGUGCCAACACGGUCUGGAUGAUGGCAGUCUGGGCCGGUUUGCUGCUCGUUUUCAGCCCGGUCCUGUUCGUGGUGAGCGUAUGUCUGCCGGAGCUACCGUUAUUGCUCAUUAGACGGCUGCAUUACAUCCCGUUCGAUUCCGUUUGAUCGCCAAUCGGCUCCGGGGAAGCAAGGCACAACGUGUAGCAGGCACAGACAGGCAAGACUAAUGGCACGCAUGGAUAGAUUAGAAGGCAUGAGUAGCUUCUUCGAUCCUGUGUAGUAGGAACGUCGUCUUACGGUGGGCGGCUAGCUUUGUAUCCGGGUCUGGGUCUGAUCGGUGCCUUAUGCGGUGGAAGCUCGAAAGGGAAACCAGGGACAAACACUCCUCAGAGACUGCUUAUUUAUUCUAGUGAGACAAUACAAAGACAGCUAAAUUAAUUUAUCGAUAGGAAGAAGGUCCAGGACAGGAUUGAAGUGCUAGGCUAAGAUAGAUAUCACGCGUCAUGCGUUGAAACACGAAAAAGUGCCUGUACAAUCCCCCUGUGUUUAUGUGCGUCGGUCGUACGUACCUGUUAUCCCCGGAGGCCAUUAGCGUAAUUAAACUUAAUAUUGCUGUACGCUACAGGCUCAUUACUGGGGUCCAUCUGCAUUCUCUUAACUUCAUCGUAAUCAUGUAAUCUGCUUCUUGGAAUGGGCGAUGGUGUUUUCAUCCCGCAAUAUCCUUUUUUUUCUUAAAUGGCAGACCAGAAUUAAUCCGUCACCUGUGCAGGAUGAGCAAGCGUUAGCGUAUGCACCACAAGUGCUAUCCAGUGAGCGUUCGGCACUGUAUUUCAAGUCUGAUUAAUUUCUACAUUAGAAAGCGCAAACAGCAGAACGGCGAAGCUCUCGUAACGCUUCAAUAUUUGUGAGUGCCUUAAAUGAAGGAAAGAUUUAAAGUUUGAUUGUACCGUGGAACGAUGAUGAUAUUUUGACACCAUUUUUUUGUACAUUCUUACAUUAUUAAGUAUUAUAUACAUACGUGACCGCCUUAAUAAAGCGUCAUUUUUACACCUUUUAA